GAGAGUGAGGAGAAGCUGCCGCAUGAUUUUCACAUACGAUGCCAAACGUGGUGCGUUCGCGGACUAAUCCUUAAAAUGAUCGAUUCCAAUCCGAAGUUGUAUGUCAUCAUCCCAGCUCAUGAUGUUGGAUGCUGAAGGCGACGCAGCGAGCUUUCUAUUGGCUUCCGGCGGCGUCGCUCAUAGGAUUGACACAUUUUUUUUCACGUACUUGCAGCUCUAAGCAGCUGAUGAUGCCCAGGCAGUGAACGCGGAGCCUGGGAGCAAGUAUCACAUGCAACUUACGCCCCGUCGUCGGCGCUUUGUUGACCGAGGAUUCGCUCUCACCUCCGUCCAGGGAUUGAGCACAGCUAUUUGGAGGCUCCAAAAAGACUGAGAGAAAAAUAACCUGGAGAAAACAGGAGUCGUAAAUUAAAAAAAAAAAAUGACAUUCACAAGCAUCAGAGCAGCAGCUUGAGGCAGAGGGGGACGUGAAGACGAAUAGGACUUAGAAAGAUGGGGUGUGGUCAGAAGCUCACCACAUUUCUCUUGGACUCCACAUUUGCCUCUAACUCCAUCUCGCAGCAAGACUGUCACCGCUGAAUCGCCAAGGGUCUCGUUUCACCUGCUGGAGGAGCUCCGCUAAACGGUGAUGUGAUGAAUAAGUUUGAAGUCCUUGGCAUUGUGGGUGAAGGCGCAUAUGGGGUGGUGCUCAAAUGCAGACAUAAGGAAACCAACGAGCUGGUGGCUAUCAAGAAGUUCAAAGACAGCGAAGAAAAUGAGGAGGUUAAGGAGACGACCCUUCGGGAGCUGAAGAUGCUUCGCACGCUGAAGCAGGACAACAUCGUUGAGCUGAAGGAAGCCUUUCGCCGCAGGGGGAAGCUCUACCUUGUUUUUGAAUACGUUGAAAGGAACAUGCUGGAGCUGUUGGAGGAACUUCCGAAUGGUGCCGCGCCAGAUAAAGUCCGAAGCUACAUCUACCAGCUUAUAAAAGCCAUCAACUGGUGUCACAAGAACGAGAUCGUGCACAGAGAUAUCAAACCAGAGAACCUGCUCAUCAGCUCCGAGGAUGUCCUCAAGCUCUGUGACUUUGGUUUUGCACGCAACCUGUCUGAAGGAACCGAUGCCAACUAUACUGAGUAUGUGGCCACAAGAUGGUACCGCUCACCCGAACUGCUGCUUGGGGCUCCUUAUGGCAAGGCGGUGGACAUGUGGUCAGUGGGGUGCAUCCUCGGGGAGCUCAGCGACGGGCAGCCCUUGUUUCCCGGGGAAAGCGAGAUUGAUCAGCUAUUCACUAUUCAGAAGGUCCUUGGGCCACUUCCUGCUGAGCAGAUGAAACUGUUCUACAACAACCCUCGCUUUCACGGAAUCAGGUUUCCCUCAGUUACUCAUCCUCAGACACUGGAGAGAAGGUACCAAGGCAUUUUAAGCGGUUUGAUGUUGGAUCUUAUGAAGAACCUGCUGCUUCUCAACCCGACUGAGCGCUAUCUGACUGAGCAGAGUCUGAAUCAUCCAGCCUUCCAGCCUCUGAGGCAGGUGGAGCGAGAGAGACCUUCGCCUUCCUCGCCCAACCCUCCACGUUCCUCCAAGAGGAAAACACACCAUCAUGGAGAAAACACAGUCCCGACAAGGAGUCACACCAAGAGCUCAAGCCAGCGUCGCUCCAACAGCAAAGAAUGUUCAAGUCUCCCACGUCAUGGUGAGCUCCAUCACCUUGGCAACGAGAAUUUCUUCAACGGUAACAAACCCCCGUCGAGUUUAAGUCCGACACUUCACCCCAAGAGUCAGUUUCUGUCCCAGACCCUCAACCGCUCUGCCUCGUCCAGCAAAGAUCUGGCCAAUAACAACCUGCCGCACCUCCUCAGCCCCAAAGAAGUCAAAAACAAAUCGGAAUUUGAUUUCAAUUUGGUACCCUCGCCCAAGUUGCCAGAACAAGGACAUGGUGCAAAGUACAGCCUCAGCAAGUCCAGCGGUUCCUCUCGCUCGCAGCAGCAGCAACAGCAGCAGCAGCAAGGUGGACGUCACACCUUCCUGGAAAGCAAGACCAACACCUUACAGUCAGCAGGAGACAAACAACACGGGAGACACACCCACAGCGUGGCCGACUCAACCCACGGAUCCAUGUCGUCUUCUUCCAAAAGCUCCACCUCCUAUCUCAGCCUGUCCAAGAGUCACAACACUCUGAGCGAUGCCAAAUCUGUAGGAAACCUCAGCGACGGUCGACUUCACCCUGAUGACCCAAAUUCUAACACGACCGCAGCGGUGGGACCCAGCACCCGGUUUUUCCCUGCCAGCUGUCUGGACCUCAAUACCCCUGCGGGGGCCCCCGGGCCACCUGGCAGCCCCUCGGCACGACACAGCGAUCGCCCGGGGCACAGCCCCGCAUCCCGUAGCAGCAGCAACGUCCGCAUGGAGAGCAGCACGCUCGACUCCUCCUCCAGACACAAGCCCAGACAUAAAUCUUUGGCUCCAGAGGAGGCCAAGGCUCCAGAGCUCUUAGACCCUGGGGGUGCAGGGAUGCCCUCCACCCACACGCUGCCCUCCCCACACGAUUCCUACCAUUAUGGCCUGGGUUACUCGUCGCCCUUCUCCUCUCAGCAACGGCCUCAACGCCACUCCAUGUACGUAAGGAGAGAGCGCCACCGACCUCAUGGCGGAGAAGCUGGGAUGGUGGGCUUGCCCCCUCCGGGUCAGGCUAUUCCGACACGAGCUUCUAGUCUCCAGCUUCUUUCCCCGCAACUUCAGCACAGGACCACGCUUAGUGGGCACUCGGUGAGCUCUUCCAGGGAAGACUGCACGGACGGCAUGAGCAGGAGCGAGCCGUCCCCUAAAGACAUGAGCCACCCAUGUGCCCCCGUCAAAGAUUCAACUAGGGACAACACUGCCACUUUUCAUACUCAGCGACCGCCUAAGAAUGAGGUCGGUAUGUAUCACGACGCUCAUGGAGAGGAUGGAGCGUCUUCCAAGGAGAACCGGAUGAUCUUCACUGAGUCCAUGCCCCGAAGAGUUGGUAGCUUUUACAGAGUGCCGUCGCCAAGACCAGAUAACUCCUCGUCUUUCCACGAGGGUGUUGGGCAGGGUCGAGGACCAGUCGUACCCGUUGUCCCUGGCAACCCUGUUACCAUGGUCAACCACGCCAAACGCCAGACUGCCUUUGACUGGAGCGCAGCGGAAGCAAUGGUGAUGAAUCCUCCAGAGCCUGCCAAAGAGAAAGAAAAACAAGGCUUCUUCAGAGCCAUUAAAAAGAAAAAGAAGAAGACACAAGGAGCAGACAUGGCGGACGGCAGGAACCCCAGUAUCAGGAAAAGCCUCUUCCCGCUCUUCAGCUCCAAGAACAGCCUAAAGCACAACUCAGCUGUCAAAGUCCUUCCUGUGGUGCCCUCGCCUAUGCUACAACAGCAGCCUCCUCCGCCGCCAUAUCCUGCCACAACAGGAACUGGGAAUGCACAAGAGCAUCUGUCCUUGCAGAGGGGCUCUAAAUCAUCCUCUCGCCACGGAAGCCGUCGGAAAAACCGAGAGCGUUCUCGAGACAGAGAACGGGAGCAGAGCAGAGACCGCGAUCGAGACAGAGAACGAGAAAGAGGAAGAGAGAGAGUGAACGAAUGGCCGACAGAAAAAGCGAUUGACUCACAUUCUCAGAGCCAAACGCUGAAGUCCCUUCGCAGGCUUCUCCACCUCUCCCCUUCACCAAACCAAGGCCAGCCCCCUCCUCCUCCUCCUCCUGCCCCCACAGACCUGCGCUUCCAGCCCCCUCUGCCCAACCCCCCUCAGCCCUCCUCCAAAGCGGUCUACGCCGAGGGCCGGGGGCACGCCGAGAGCCGGGGUCACUCCGGAGCGAGUGGCUCGUCUCAGGCCAAGAACCGAAAGGCCAGCUACCCGCUGCCGGGCCAGCUGGAGUCCGCCUGGCACGUGUCGGCGCUGCAGCGGGCCGAGGGCGUGCAGUUCACGGCCGAACAGUUGGGCAUCAAACCGGGGCAAAACGGACCCACCUUUACCCGUGCCUCUCGCACCAGAAUGCCAAACCUCAAUGACCUGAAGGAGACGGCGCUCUAAACGCCCAACUCAAGCCGUACCGCCUCUGCUAUGGCUCAUCGUGGACGCACCUGCUGGAUCGAGGAGGGCGCCGCUCGACUUUAGUUACAGUUUAAGUGAAAACGUCUUGCGCUCCUCUGGCGCGAUGAGCCCGGACAAGGACCGAAUGCAGACACACAACUCGUCAACGUGAACUUGCACCCCAUUGGAAAGCCCUUUGAGCAUUUAUAUCCAGUUUAGGGUCUCGGUCUAGGCUCUAGAACUCUUUUUGUCUUGAAAAUUAAUUUAGCACAUUAUAACUAAUAUUUUUUUCCACAACUAGUGCCAUUUUGGCCUACAAUUAAACCAUACUACUAAACAACCGUGCUGCACUGUUACUAGUUAGGUCAAACUGAACUAGUUAAUCCCCAUGCACUCGCGCAUUUGUCCUCACCAUUAAGACAAUUUAGUAGUAUGGGGCACACUAGUUGGGACUAUCCUUGUUAGACCGACCGAGGCAGCCCAGUACUUUACUAGAAAGGUUUAAUUGCAUACUAGCUUAAAGUAGCCCUAGUUGUGGAACAAGUCAUUCUACUGAAUUGGCUGGGUAAUGCAGACAAAGAGUGUUCUAGUACAGAGACCUGACACCGGAUGAGAAUUUGAUGGACUAAAUGCCGAAACAAAACUUUUCCAUUGGCCUGCCUCUGUCAGGGCUGUUCUUCGGUCUUGAGGAUUAGAAACUGCCUCUGCUCCCAUCCUCUGGUCACAGAACACAACUGCAGCACACCCGCUUCCCCUGGUGACCACUAAAGCUUUUUUUUUUUUCUUCAAAUAUUUGAUAGGACAGAGAGAGAGAAAAAGAUAUACGUAUAUCAACAUAAUUUAUUGUUAUUUGUUUUACAUCUGAGUAUAUAAGGUAUAGUUAUAGCCCUAAUAAGAGAAAGGAGAUUAUUAAAAUGGUAUGUACUAGUGUUCAAUGUGUAAUUACAAGAGCUUUACUUUGACACAGAGAUGAAUAGAUAACUAUGUCAUAAAAAUUAUUUAAUGGUGACUGUUGUUUUAAUUUAAUUUGAUAUGGUCUCGACAGAUUUUCAUAUUUUUUUUCAUU